GUCAGAUCUUUAUGAGCACAGCUUUCGAAAAACACAACCUUUUGAUUUCAACAGCACAAGUCUGCUCUCCUACAUUGUCCUGCAGGAAACACCAUCCAAACUUUCCUGAGAAAAAGGAGUCUCUUCAAGUAAGUUUAAAGAACAGAAGCAAAUCUCUGCAAAAUGAAGCUCAUAUUCCUUAUUCUGAGUGCCUACAUUGUGCCUACAUUUUGUGGAGUUAAGCCUUUAGAGAAACACUUCUCUGUCACUGCAACAGACAAACCGCCGAGCUCUCAAACCGGUCUGGACAGUGAGGAUCCAGACUUGGAAAGUAUUCAAAUGCAAUUCCAUAAAGAUAACACCUUAACACAAGAUCUCCUUCCAGAAGAAGAGGAAGAAGACGACUACGACUACCUGGAUUUUGAUACUCUAUUGGGGAAGGAGGACGAUGAUUAUAUUGAUGCGAUUGAUGAGAUAGAAGAUGUGCCAGAAAUAGACACAGAUCUUGAACCCUCAGAUCCAGCGACCAAACGAGCCAAGCUACUCAAGCUAUUCCGUGGCAAAACCAGGAUUCAACGCUUGAACACUGUGAAUGCAAACUUUGCUUUUGGUCUUUACAGAAGCAUCAGGAACGCUGUUGACCAGUCUGAUAACAUACUGCUAGCUCCUGUUGGCAUUUCAAUAACCCUGGGCAUGGUCUCUUUAGGCGCAAGACAUGAAACUCAUCAGCAGCUUUUCAACGCACUUGGUUUUGCAGAUUUUGUAAACGCAAGUGUAAAAUAUGACACAAUGACCGUUCACAACCUCUUCCACAGGCUAACCCAUCGCCUCUUUCGUCAUAACUUUGGUUACACUCUCCGGGCUGUUAAUAACCUAUUCAUACGCCAGGAUGCAAAGAUUCUGAGCAACUUCACACAAAAUAUGAAAACCUACUACUUCGUCGAGCCUUUGUCAGCCAACUUUUCGGACCCUGCAUUGAUCAGUAAAUUAAAUGAACGCAUUUUGAAGAUCACCAAAGGACUAAUUAAGGAUGCCCUAAAAACGAUAGAUCCACAGACUCUGAUCAUGAUUCUGAACUGCUUCUACUUGAAAGGAACUUGGGAAACUAAAUUUCCGACCGAAAGGACAUCCACAGGUUCGUUCUGGUUGAACGAAAGGAAAGUGGUGCGAGUGCCUAUGAUGCAUACAAAGGGAAACUUCUUGGCAGCUGCAGAUCGUGAACUAGAGUGUGACAUUCUCCAGCUGCCCUACGUGGGAAACAUCAGCAUGCUGAUCGUGGUACCCCGUAAAUUCUCUGGCAUGAGGACCAUCGAAAAGCAGCUGAUAUCUGAAGUGGUGGUGAAGUGGUUAAACAGCAUGACUAACAGAACACGAAGAGUGGUGCUUCCCAGAUUCAAUCUAGAGAAGCACUAUGACCUGGUGCCAUACCUGAAGACUUUGGGAUUGACAUUACCUUUCCAAGCAGAUGCAGAUUUUACUGGAAUAUCAACUAAGGAGAAUCUGGGCAUUAACCUGUUCAAACACCAAGGAUCAAUAACAGUGAAUGAAGAAGGGACAACGGCAGCAUCCAUCACAACGGUUGGCUUUAUGCCCCUUUCCUUGCAGAAUGAAUUUUCUGUCAACAAACCCUUCUUAUUUCUCAUAUACGAGCACCGCACUGAAUGUCUGCUGUACAUGGGGCGAGUGACAAACCCACUGAAUGACUAGUCACCAACUGGAAAAAAAGGUUAUAUAACUUCCAAUAAAUAGCCUAAGCUUUUCAGAAAUAAAAUAAAGUUUUGCAUCACCAAGUAUGAGAAUGUAACAACUGUUAAGUAAAUGAGCAUUACUUUGUGGAAGAAUAUGUCAAAACAAAUUUUUAAAGGAGAACCAACUCUGUCCGUCAAUUUUUCUCUCACAAGAUUGUACUUUCACCUAUUAUUAAUGGUGGUUUGAAUUUAACAGCUUGUGUUGCUAUUGUAUCUCUCUAAUAUUUUACAGUUGAACCCCAAUACAACGGUCUUAGUAUUAUGACCUGAGGGAACAUUGGAUUGUUGGAGUUGUCAAACAGGACAACUAUUCUGGCGGUUUUGGGUGGAUGCAGAAAAUCCCAUGGCACAACUUUAAAAGUGGAUACUCUAGAUAUCCUUCCUAACAUUCAACUCCCAAUCAACACAAUCACAAACAGGUGAACAUGUUAACCUAGGAUUGCUGUUCAUAAACCAGUUGCCACAUUGGAUUCAGGCUGUUUUUAUGGAGGCCAAAGACUUCUGUUCCUAAUAAGUUUAUAAAAUCAGAAGCUUUAUUAGAAACAGUUUGCUCAGCAUCUUACACUUGAUUUCAUCACGUCAAUGACCUGCAAAGUUGCAACAAGGAAAUGGUAUCUCAUGAUCAUUACUUGUGUUGGAAGAUUAAACAUUUACUUCCCACAUAAAAUCUAUAUCCACCUCUCCAAAUACCUAAGCAAUCCAUGCAGUUUUUUGAAUAUUACAGAAUUGUACUGUAACUUCCAGUAAACAAACAUGCUAUUUUUAAAAUUAGAAGUUGGAUCAUUAUCCAAAAAGGAAAAACUUGCUGGGCUACAGAGAAAAUGCAGGACCAUAGAACCAGGUGAAUCAAUUCUACAGAGGGCCAGCACAUGGGUAAUGGGUUGAACGGCCUCUUUCUGUGCUGUAAUUUUGUUUUACAUCUUGUUCAGAAUUAUAGCAUGUUCUACAGCUGCAAUCAGCAUCCAUUGUUCUUAGCGCUCAUCAUCACACAAAAGCAAACCAUGCUGACAGAUAGAUCCAUGUUGUCCUGUGCCGUGUUCGCAGCUGCUUAUAAGGAUUUAUUGAUCAGGUCACGUUGCAUACAUCAGUAGUGAAGCUGAGAGAGAGUUCCUGUAAGCCAUCUCAAAAUCCAAACUUUGAAGAUCAUUUCUUAUCUCAACUGCAUUUCUGUUAUCUCAAUAAUUAUGAUAAUACUCUUCUAUGCAAAAA